AUGGAUCUCACCCCGAAGACCACCGAUGACAAGGCCUUUGCUAAGAAGGACCACCACCAUCUCAGACCAAGGCCACAGAGGAGACUGUCCAGGCGCCAAAAGGUGUUUGUCAGCUCGAUUCUCUUCCUCUCUUGGGGUUUCAUCUUCCUCAGCUUCUCCAACAGCGCAAAUCCGCCGCUCUUGCUACCCUCAUCGUCGAAACGGGUGCCAGUGCGCCAAUUCUCCUGCACCGAAUCAUUCUGGCCAUCGGCUGAGACGUGCGGCAAAGGUGGUGUGAACUGCGUCCCAGACGUGAGCGGCCAGUUCGAGUCUACGAUCCUGGCAUUCCGCUGCCCUGCCAACUGCGUGCGCGACGCUCCCCCGGCGGGCACGCCGCACCUCGCCGGGGACAGGGAGGUGACGCAGCGUCCAAUCGUCAUAGGCGGGCCCAUCUACCGCGGCGACUCCGAGCUCUGUGCGGCUGCUGUGCACGAUGGUGUGCUGGAAGAUGCAAAGGGCGGCUGUGGGGUGGUCAAGCGCAUGGGCCAGACCAACUCGUUCCCGGGCUCGUACAUGUACGAUGUCGAGUCGUUUUCUGUGCAGACAUACUUCCCGCUGACGUUCAACUUCCCGACGACGAACGAGGAGAUCGGCGGGAACUGCCCGGCUGCUAACGACCGCAGCUGGGCUUUGCCGUGGGUGUCGGUCGGGCACACGGUUUUGUUCUUCCAGGUCACCGCCUCGACAGGCGGCAGGGCUGUCUGGCUAGCUUCGGUUGCCACCGCUCACUUGCUUCGGUGGAGGUCAAGCUCUGUGACGUCGGCGGCAGCGAUUCCUGCUUACGAGGCGUCGUUCCCUGUUCCGCAUAUCCUGGAGCCCGAGAUAAAUACGCAGACACUCACCAACUCCGUCGCCAAUAUCACCUUCAAGUGGGCUACACCUACGCCCUCUGGGAUCGAGGGAAUCAGUAUGAUGGUGGAUGAUGUGGAGAGAGAACGUCUGUAUUUCAAGGAUGCGCCGGCCAGAGACACAUUUUUCUGGGAGAGAGGACCGCAGGCUUUCGUCGACCACAUACGAUUUGGUUAUGUGAAGAAUGGAAAGGUUUUGCGUUAUUCUCCAGCAGGAACGUGGCUCCUUGACGACUCAUGGACUGGGAUUGGGAAGAAAACCCCGGUCUGA